GUUGAUAUAAAGUCGAAAAUGCGACAAUCGGCGAAAUCAGUUGCAAUUUUCGAUUUCCUUGGGUUACUGUGCGUGUGUGUUCAUUUUUCUAUCGAACGUGAGAAGUCUUAAUAAGGCGAGUGUAUAGUAAAUUAAUUCAUAAUGUCUCCACUUUUUAUAGUGGGCAUAUCUUUGCUUGCUACCCAGAUUUUAACAGUUCAGACACACAGAAAUGCCAGAGAUGUGUCGCAUAUUGUUUCAUCAUAUGGUCCGAAUGACGUUAGAUACUCUGAUCUAGUAAAUGAUGAUUACUUACCACCUGCACGUUGUCCUAUUGGUCAGCAGCUAACUCCUUCAGGAACUUGCGAAGUGAUUUGUCCUAUUGGAUACAUUAAGACGCCUACGGGUCAGUGUCUACCACCUACGCCUCCUCCUACACAACCACCUACACAACCACCUACACAACCACCUACACAACCACCAACAGAACCAUCAACAGAAGCACCAACACCGACAACUUGUCCACCAGGAAGUGUAAAAGGGUAUAACGGUGACUGUAUACCUGAAGCUACUACGACUUCUGGACCUUAUUGUGCUCAAGGACAACGUGAAGGACCGAAUGGAGAAUGCAUUGAUAUCAUAAGAACCACACCUCCUCCAACUACAUGUCCUCCUGGUACAGUAAAACAAUAUGAUGGUCAGUGUAUACCCGAAAUUACAACAACCACAGGUCCUUACUGUGCUCCAGGACAACGUGAAGGUCCUUAUGGGGAAUGCAUCGAUAUCACAAGCACCACACCACCUCCAGUUACAUGUCCUCCUGGAACAACACAACAAUACAACGGUCAGUGUAUACCCGAUGUUACUACUACAACUAUUGCACCUUACUGUGCUCAAGGGCAACGCGAAGGACCUAAUGGAGAAUGUAUUGAUGUUACAACUACUACACUACCUCCCACUACAUGUCCUCCAGGAUACUCUUCAACAAUAUAUGGACAGUGUUUGCAGAUUACAACGACUACUGAACUCACUACAACAGCACAACCAACAAGCUGCCCACCAGGAUAUUACAAAGGACCUGACGGUGAGUGCCUUCAGGAAGCUACCACUACCUCCAGACCAUAUUGUGCAAGUGGACAACGUGAAGGUCCUAAUGGAAUAUGCAUCGAUAUUAUUACAACUCCAGCUCCAUGCCCACCAGGAUACAACAGAGCUUUCUCUGGACAAUGUAUAUCCAGAAUCACGACAACCACACCAGCACCUUGUCCAGCAGGAUAUCGUAGAGGCUACAACGGCCAAUGUAUACCAUUAACUACAACAACCACUGCACCAUAUUGUCCAAGCGGAACACGUCCUGGUCCUAAUGGAUUCUGUAUCGAUGUUACAACCACACCAGUAACUUGCGCUCCAGGAUAUGUAAAAUCAGCUUUUGGCAGCUGUGUAAAAAUAACAACUACUACUACUACUACUACUUUUACAACUCCAAUUAAUCCACCUUAUUGUGGAUCUGGAGAAAGGUUGGGUCCUAAUGGUGAAUGCAUAUCAGUUACCUGUGGUCCAGGAUAUAUUUCAGGAAAUUUUGGACAAUGCCUACCAGUGACGACUAAGACUACACCGCCGGCGCCGUCUUGUCCUCCAGGUUACAAACAAGGACCAUAUGGUCAAUGCAUUCAAAUAACGACAACAACCACACCACCAGCAACUUAUCUGCCACCUGUAACAACUCCUCCUCCUGUGUCAUGUAAACCUGGGGAAAUAUUACUUCCUGGUGGUUAUUGUAAACCUAUAACAUCACCAACAACCCUUCGAACAACACCUACCCUACCAUCAACCUACUUACCGCCUGUAACUACUACCACUCCCCCUCCUCCUGUCACCUGUAGACCUGGAGAAAUUUUACUCUCUAGCGGUAUCUGUAAGUCGAUUACUACUACUAUACGUACAACUAUUACAACUAGUACACCGCCAAAACCUCCAGUAACUUAUCUGCCACCAGUAACAACAACUACUCCUCCUCCUGUAACUUGUAAACCUGGACAAUUAUUAACUCCUGACGGUAUCUGUAAACCAAUUACUACAGUUCCUACCACUACUGUUACCCCUUCAACACCCCCUGCGACUUAUCUCCCUCCAGUGACUACAACUUCAACUCCACCUUCCAAACCACCUGUAACUUAUCUUCCGCCAGUAACUGUAACCCAUCCCCCACUUGUGACAUGUAAACCAGGAGAAAUAUUGCUUCCUGUUGGUAUCUGCAAGCCUGUUACCUCUCCACCUACUCCUAGCACAACUCCUACUACUCCAAAAAAUACUUAUUUACCUCCUCCACCAGAAAAGUCGACUCCUCGUGUUCCAAACACGUAUUUACCACCAUGCUCUAAUCCAUAUAAUUGUGAAAUACCUGAUGAAUCAAGGACUGUAAGAGUUGUGGUGUCUGCAUGUGCAUCUGGAUUGAAUUGUGUGGAUGACGACCACUGUACAGCAAGCGGGUAUAUUAGUUCAGAACCAGUGACACUCAGUAAUGAGCAAGAACUAUUGAGGGAACACACUACACAGCGAUGUUGGAUCAAGGAAAAACGCAGUCCAGGAUUUUGUUGUCGACAAGUGAUCAACGAAGAACCUUGGCCAUCGGCUAAUCUAAUCAAUGGCUUGGACGAUGGACAGUACGCUGAAGAUGAUUCUAUUGGUCAAUAUCACGGGGAAAGAAAAUGAAUACAGUGUUCAAAAUAGAUUUAAGAUAAUGUGAUGAUUUUAUAUAUAAAAAACUACGAUAAACUAUACAGUGAGAGUCAAAAAACAUCUCAUAAAAACAGGGGUUGUUUAAUUUUUUCAAAUUGUAAAAUAUAAGUUGAAUAUACAGGGUGAAUCAAAUAGUUGGAACUAAUACUAACUCUAUUUCUUAUUGAAUACUCCUUAUAUUUUUGUAACAUUUGCUAUCACAGUUGGACACAAUAUAUAAGAAAAACAGAACUAAACUUACUUGAAAUUAAUUGAUGGUACUACCAAAAAAAUUAUAUAUUUCUAUUUUAUAUUUAUUGCUAAACUAACUCUAGAUCUCUAGGUACAAACUAUGCUAAUAUAUGUAUAGCUAUAUAUUAAAUAUAUUUCGAAAUUACUGUAAGAUACACAAAUUAUAAAUAAUAGGGGUAAAGCAAAGUUGGUACUAGGUCCUACCAAAUGAAGCUCUUAUAUGUAGUAUUCAACUUUAUGGCGUCAAAAAUGGUCAAAUAAAAAUAGGGUGUGCCUUAAAUAAAUACAAAUAUUUUUAGGGAUGGUAGAUUUCGAUAAAAGAAAUUUUCUGUAUACCGUUUCUCAUGAUGUGUUUUGAAUUAUACCAUCCCUAACCUAAAUAUUUGCACUUAUUUAAGACCCUCUAUAUUAUAGGGUAAGAUUCUAUUAAUAAAGAUAAAUAAGUUUUAAUACUUAUACAGGGUGAGUCUUCAAUACGUGAAAGUAUUUUUAGGGCUGGUAGAUCUCGAUAAGACAAACAUAUUU